AACACACUGCGCUCCUCUCAACGCCUCCUCACUACACGGGAGGGAACCGAGCACCGGGCUGCGGGUCCAGGACGGAGAGGAGAAGGAGAGUACUCGGUGUGGAGGAUUUUAAAUCAGGUUUUCGGCUUUUUUCGGAGAGUUUCGGGGGUUUGUUUUUGUGAGCGCCGCCGCGCGUCCUGUCCGUCUAAAUGGUGUUUGUGACUGAGCGUGAGGUCUGCGGAGCGCUGAGCUGGGAUGUAGCGGAGGGCAAACCCACAUAGAGCCGCUGUGAAGUCUUGUUUUCCUGCAGCGGGAGUCAGAACAAAAGGUAGAUGACAUUUUAAGAGGCUGCUGACUGUUCCUGGAAACUCUCCUCUGAAAGUCUGCAGACUCUUGUGACAUUGAUGGUGGCUUCCUUCAUGAUGGCCCCCCUCCGGAGGUCAUACUGACCCCUCUGAUUUCCCUCCUCAUCACUGCCCCUCACCCCAAUGAUGACUAUGAGCUCUAUAUCGGACACUUUAGUCCCGCCCGAUCCCUCCAAAUCCGCCUUCCUGGAGUUCGGCGGCCACGGGUACCCCGGGCACCAGCAGCCCUCCCCGGGCCUGUCCCACAACCACUACCCGGUCCACGGGCUGCACGCUGUGGGCCCCUCGCAGCACGACGGGCCCUUCUCCUCCGGUGCAUCGUCGUACGGACGCCCGCUGGGAUACCCGCCCUAUCACAGCCCCGUGAGCGCGCACCACCCCGGGGCCUACCUGCCUUAUCAGCACGGGGGACACGGCGGCGCGCUCGGACACACCAGACUGGAGGAUGCAGAACACGAGAAGCCGACGGCGGUGAUCGAGAAUGGGGAGGUGAGGCUGAACGGGAAGGGGAAGAAGAUCAGGAAGCCUCGGACCAUUUACUCCAGCCUGCAGCUCCAGGCCCUCAACCAGCGCUUCCAGCAGACCCAGUACCUCGCCCUGCCCGAGAGGGCCGACCUGGCAGCCAAACUGGGCCUGACGCAGACCCAGGUGAAAAUAUGGUUCCAAAACAAACGAUCCAAAUACAAGAAGAUCAUGAAGAACGGGCCCUGUGGACCGGAGGGAGACCACCUCGCCCCCCCACCGCCGUCCUCCUCUUCCCCCUGCUCUCUGUGGGACAUCAGCAUGGCUGCCAAAGGUGCGCCGGUGCACUCUGGAGGAUACAUGAACAAUUUUGCUCACUGGUACCCCGGACACCAGCAGGACUCCAUGCCCAGGACUCAGAUGAUGUGACAGUCAGGAGGACGCAACACUUCCAGGACUAAUUAUGGAUUUAUACCAGCGAGAUGACUGGAGCUGUUAGAGACACGGACGUUUUUAAGAGUUUGAGCCGCUCUGGAGGCAAAAAUAAUAUAACUGGCAGAGAUCAAAUGCAGUGAACAGAUACUGUGUCUUUACUUUAAGCUGGAAAGGCGUGCAGAGAGGCUGCAGCAGCGACCCCUGAGUGUACUGAACGGAGCGAGGGUUGGUUUAAUUACUUAUGAAUUCAUGUGUAAGGGGAAGAAUGUGUUAUUUCUUUUUCCAAAAGUCAGUCAGUCCUGCCAGUCACGUUAUUUCUGCCUCCAGAGGAGUUCAGCCUGCCAAGACUUUUUUCAUUAAGCUACAAUUCAAAUCUAAUGCCAGGCCUGCGUCUGUGAUUCUGGACUUUAAGGGUUUUUAUGUCUUUUCAGUGGGUUAUCAGUCGCCAGAAGAGAAUGUUGGCAUUGUCUCUGCAAACCAUGAAUAUCUGACAUUUACACGUUUCAUACAUAUCGUAUCAACAUUUCUAAAGCGAGGUAGUAUAUGAGCUGACUGUGUCAUCAGGAGGUGGAGGGGAUGCUGAAUGGCGUAACAACUAACAAAACUGGUUGUGAUUUACUAAGUCAUCGCUGUUUUUCCAGUGAAAAUUUAGUCACCAAAUGUGCGUGUUUCCUAACAAUCCACUGUCGUGUUUCCAGUGGGUAUAGUGGCACGAAGAGCUGUUGUUGUUUACUGAGACAUUGCUGCGUUUCCUGCCAAGAUAGUGCCCCAAAACCAGGUAUUUUAAGCCAAAACAUUGUCUUUUCUGAACCAUAACCCAGUUGUGUUUAACUAAAUAAAAUAAUAUUUGCCAAAGCUGUCACUAUAUCCAGACAGUAGUACAUGAAAUACAUCAUCUUCCUCUGUCUCCUCCUUGUGUUCCAAAUGGCAGUGCCAGAAUCCACGGCACCUGAAUGAAAGAAAAAAAACAUAUGCAGCAAAGACGAGUACGUAAAGAAAACAAGACAAGACAAAAUGUAAACCAAAAAGAAAGACUAAACCGAAGCCGAGAUAAAACAAGAAAGCUUGGGAUGUCGGUUUUGGUUAAUUUUGCUUUCAAAAGGCCUACGGCCAUUAACCAGUGACCCUUGCUCAGUGAGCUUUAGUACUAAAUAUUUUGCCUUUUAUUUUACUUUCUGUUGGCUUGCUGACAGACAGCCGGCUAACCACCUUAACACGUGGAAAAAUAGCACCCCCUAUCCACCCUCCAGUCUCCACCAGUUCCUUGGCUGCUCUGUAGUGCACACCACCCAGGUCAGGAGGGAGUUAAUGUUAGCUAGCAACACCGCUCAUUCAGAGAUUACAGUAACGUCCCCCCUUAGCUAGCUAGCUCCUAACAGACUUCGGUCAAGUGCAGUGUAGUACAGUGAAGAGUAGCAAAAUUAACCUGUAGGUGUAAAAAGUCAAAAUAUUAUCAGUUUACCAAUUAACGGUUAAAUGUUGACAACCCUAGGCUACACAUCAGAGUUGCUUUUCCAAGGUGAAGAGAGCUACGGGGACCUUAAAGGUUUCUAAACUAGUGCUGGUUCAGAAGUGGUUUGAGUCUUCCUUUGUUUUUCAUCGUCGGUCUUCUACUGAUUGCUUAUGCUUUGCAGAAUUCUCUUGGCUCUUAUUAAUUGUUUCUGUCCAGGAGCAGGCUGUUAUCACAAUUUUUUGUCAUGUGUUUCACUACAAACAGCAGUGCACCUGAAUUCGUAUAUCUCACGUAUUUUGAAAGGCUGCGAUCACGUGAUCAAUGUGCUGAUGGCAGCAAACAAGGAAACAGUCCCAAGUGCCAGUGAGGAGGCAGGUUGCGGUGGUGGAUGGUUACAAAAAAAAAAAAAA